UCAACAAAAAGAAAACCCAUUUUGAGAAUUCGAUCAUAAGCCAUUCCCUAAAACUACUCUCAAGCCUUUGCAAUCAGUUUAAUAUGCAGUUUUAGGGUUUGAAAAAAGUAUUCCAUUCUCUUCCAUCCUCCUUUCUCGGCCGCUCCCCGGCGUACUGUGCGCCUUUCACUCUCUUCGCAACCUCGUGUUUCUUACUUUCCCUUCUUCUCGCAUCUCCCAGUGUUAACACUGCCUCUUUGCGACUCUGUUUCUUCAGUUUGCCGCAACCCCUUCAUCCAUCGUCGCCGCCUAUUCUUCAAACUUUCAACGGAUUGAAUGGAGCUUCCUAUGGUUAAUGUUGAUACAAUGAAAGAUGAUGAAACUGAAUAUUUGAGUGAGGAAAUAUCACCAUCUGAAUCAGGAUCAGAUGAAGAUGUGAAAUUAUCUGAACCAUCUAAAAAAGCAGUAAAUAACAGAGAUGCUCUAUUGGAUAAACUCGGAGACAUAAGUUGGCCAGAGAAUGUUGAAUGGAGACAUAAACUCUCCAUUGAUAUUGAUCAAGAGCAGGAAGUAGACGUCAACGAUGACUUGGCACGAGAGCUUGCAUUUUACACUCAGGCAUUGGAGGGAACUAGACAGGCCUUUGAGAAACUUCAGUCAAUGGGUCUCCCUUUUCUACGACCUUCAGACUAUUAUGCCGAAAUGGUGAAGGCAGAUAGCCACAUGGAGAAGGUGAAAGGUAGGCUAUUAGAUGAGAAGCGGAAGAUGGAAGAGGCUGAGGAGAGAAGAAAAGCCAGGGAGGCCAAGAGAUUGUCGAAAGAGAUUCAGGCACAGAAAAUGAAAGAAAGGGCCAAGCAGAAAAAGGAGGACAUCGAAUCUGUUAAGAAAUGGAGGAAGCAGAGGCAACAGAGCGGGUUUGCUGACAACGGAAAUGAUGCGGGUAAGGUUUUGGACUUUGAGGAUGGAAAAGUGUUCGAGAGGUCAAAGAAGAAAAGGCCUGGAGUGUCUCCCGGCGAUCGGUCAGGAGGUAAGGCAAAGCAAGCCUUUGGAAAGGGAAAGAAGCAAAUGAAAAGAGAUUCCAAAUUCGGUUUUGGAGGCAAGAAGGGAUUGAAGAAGCAGAAUACCGCUGACACCACUAAUGAUUUUGGUGGAUUCAGUAAAAAGGGCGCUGAUGCUGGAAAUAAGAAGAGAAAGAGGUAAAAUACAAUACUCCUUUGAUUUGUUUUAUGAAGAAGGGAUGCCAUGGAAUGCGCUAUUGGUGUUGUCCUCUGAAUUUUCAUCAGCUCAGAUAGUUCAAUUUCGUAAACGAACUUAUUGUGACUUUAUAAACUUUAUCAACAAUUAUAAGUCCUUAUGUAUCUACUCCAAUUUUGAUGUUUUGUUAAAUGAUGUGUUACUUUAUGCUCCGGUCAUUACUAACAGAUAUAUGAUGUAGUUCUUUUGAGUACACAAGACAGUGUAACUUAGACAUACCUGAAAUGCUGAUGUUUUUAUUUGUUUUUCAA